AUGGACCCUAGCUACAAUUCUACGGAGCUACCUCGUGAGCGUGUUUUCGACUGGACAGUGGAGCGCGCAGAGCAGUCGCCUGACGGUAUCCCGCGAUUAAUGUACACCAUCAAUGGCCAAUUCCCAGGACCCAUCAUUGAGGCUACAGAAGGUGAUACAGUGGUGGUUCGCGUAAGAAACCACAUUUAUGAUAACUUUACCAUACCGCCGCCGCCUCUCUCAUCCCAACGAGAUGAUGUGCAUCCGGACGGGACAGACCGGGAAGAGCGAGAGUACCGAUUCCUCGUGCAUCCGGAAGAUGUUGGAACGCAUUGGUAUCAUUCGCAUGUCGGCACGUCACGAGCCGACGGCUUGUGGGGUAUGUUCAUUGUCCAUUCGCGUACCGAUGAGCGUAAGAAACUUUCCACGCGCUUUCCAGAUGCAAAUACCCAUUGGAAUGAGGAAGUGGCCAUUGCCUUGGGUGAUCACUACCAUCAAUUUGGUCCCAUUAGCCUUGGCUUUUACGUCUCGCGUUGGCUUCAGAAAGCUGAGCCGGUACCUGAAAAUGCACUGAUAAAUGGCAAGCAUGUAUUUUCUUGCCACCACAGCCGUCUAACUGGUGUACCCUGCCCCGCUGGUGACGUCGAUCAAGUGGGUGAAUAUUCUACCUUCAGUCUGGAUCCCAAGCAGGCCUACCGUCUUCGACUCGUUAAUGUGGGUGCACUCGCCGACAUCACUUUUAGCGUCGAUGGUCAUACCAUGACGGUCAUUGAGGCGGAUGGUACAUUGGUCGAGCCUGUGCGUGUCCAUCGCAUUCCAAUUGCUCCUGGUCAACGCUACUCGGUUAUUCUGCACCGGGAGCCCAAAAGCAAAGACUCGCGAGUAUGGAUGCGGGCUGACAUGUCCGCAGAAUGUUUCCAGUACACGAACCCUGUGAUGGAGCUCGGCGCCAAGGCUAUCAUUGCAUACGAUACAAGGCAGAGUGGAGAGGAGAGCAAGGAUGAUUGGAAAUCCUUGCUGCGCCUACGAAGCUAUAAGCGUGGCUUGACAGACAGGAUCUGGCACGGCAGCUGGUUCCAGAGCCAAUUACCUGCGACAUUGCCGUGGAACCCCAAUGUUACUGACACAAUUCUUCCGGAAGAACCGUGCCAUGACUUGGAGCCGGACACGCUAGUUCCUCUUAUCCCCGAUCCUGCACCCCCGCUCCGGCUUGACCAGGGUGACCACCGUGAGUUCGUCUUUGUCACAGCCCCAAUCCUAGAGCGAUACGGCGUUGUACCUAUGGGUUUCAUGAAUGGCUCAACGUGGCGCCCAUAUGGACGCCAUGGCCGUGAACGCCAGCCCCUGUUGCACCGCAUCUCUUAUGCUAACACCUCCACUGUGCAAGGCUGGCAUGAUCAAGAUAUCCUUGAUCCCAGUCAUGAGCUCGUGGCGAGUCCGCAUCCCAGCCGACCAGUAGUUAUGGAAAUGGUCAUCAACAACCAGGACGAUUCCCCGCACCCAUUCCACCUGCAUGGACACAAGUUUUGGGUGAUGGAGACAGGGGAGGCAGACCCCAAUUUCGGAGGGUUUGACUACUAUGAGGAUGUGGGCCAAGUCUACAAUUUGAACCGGAAGAUGAAACGAGACACGGUGAUUGUGCCCAUGAUGGGACACGCAGUCAUCCGAUGGGUGGCUGAUAACCCAGGCGUGUGGGCCUUCCACUGUCACAUGCUUGUCCAUUUGGCGAGCGGCAUGGCCAUGGCGAUUGUUGAGCAGCCAGAGGUUCUGCAAGCUCAGCCCCCAGUGCAGCGGACUUGUUCGUAG